UGUACCUGCCACACCACCACUCUCAACGUUCAGAUCGCUAUGGGACUUCUCGCAAUUUCUCUCUCCUCCUCUGCAGCAAAUAACAUAUGACCAUGGAUAGCAAAUGAGAAGCAACAACAAAUAAUAUCCGUCAGAUUUUAUUAGAUUUUUUGCCAUUCUACUGAAAAAUGAAGAUCAUAUUUCUUGUGGUUCACAUUAGCAUGUUGCUACAUGGUGUUUUCUCUGCUCAGGGCCGUUUUGCUCAAAAACUGCUGAAUGACCUAAUGGAGAACUACUCGAAUGCUUUGCGGCCUGUGGAGGACACAGACAAAGCCCUUAACGUCACUCUACAGAUCACACUCUCUCAGAUCAAAGAUAUGGAUGAAAGGAACCAGGUGUUGACCACAUACCUGUGGGUGCGUCAGAUCUGGCAUGACGCUUAUCUGCGCUGGGAUAAAGAUGAGUAUGAUGGACUUGAGGUCAUUCGAAUACCCAGCAACCUUGUUUGGAGACCAGACAUUGUUCUGUACAACAAUGCGGAUGAGGAGGACUCCUCCGGACCCCCGGACACGAAUGUGGUGUUGAGGUAUAAUGGUGAGAUCACUUGGGACUCCCCUGCCAUCACUAAGAGUUCCUGUAAGGUGGACGUCUCUUAUUUCCCCUUUGAUAGUCAGGAGUGCAACCUUACCUUUGGCUCCUGGACCUAUAAUGGCAACCAGGUGGACAUAAGGAUGGGCAUGGAGAGUGGAGACCUUUCAGACUUUGUGGAAAACGUGGAAUGGGAGUGUCACGGCAUGCCGGCCGUUAGGAACGUCAUAAUGUAUGGCUGCUGCUCCGACCCGUACCCUGACAUAACGUACACAGUUCUGCUCAAGCGGCGUUCUUCCUUCUACAUCUUCAAUCUUCUUCUGCCGUGUUUCCUCAUCUCUUUCCUGGCUCCACUGGGUUUCUACCUGCCUGCUGAUUCUGGAGAGAAGGUCUCACUGGGGGUGACGGUUCUGCUGGCUCUGACUGUAUUUCAGCUGAUGGUGGCUGAGAGUAUGCCACCUUCAGAAAGUGUUCCACUAAUCGGAAAAUACUACAUUGCAACAAUGACCAUGAUAACAGCCUCUACAUCUUUGACUAUCUUUAUCAUGAAUAUACACUUCUGUGGAGCAGAAGCCAAACCUGUGCCCCACUGGGCCAAAGUUCUGAUAAUAGAUUACAUGUCGAAGAUCUUCUUUGUGUAUGAGGUAGGGGAGAACUGCACCACUCCUGAAAGCGACCGAGGCCCAUUAUACUCUGAAGACCCACUGGCUAGCCUGGAGAGAGAUGGGUAUUUUGACAAAGGGUUUUAUGGAGACUCUCACCAUGAUGACAGAAACCACAGUCAGUUUAAUGGGUACAGUCACAGAGACCACCGCCAUGGGAAUGGGUACCAUCACAACAACAGUCCCUAUCAACAACAGAGGCAUGGCCAGCAAAGAAGGACCCGCUCAUCUUCAAAUUCCCCUAUCCGACAGAGUGCCCAUCAUCCAAAAUACACACACUACAUUGGUCGAGAUGGAAGCGAAAAGCUCCCACUGACAAGCCAGGAGAAACUCAAAGACAGCGAACUCUCCAUUCCAGAAAAACUUGGAUACACCUACGAUCACGGCAAUGGCUAUCUCAAUGGAGUUGGCUACCACCACGAUAAUAGCUAUGGCAAAACCUUUGGGGCAGAUAGUUACAAUAAGACCACCACUGGCACAGGAUGUGUACGCAUCUGUGACCAACAUCAGAAAGUGGUGCAAAACAUUGAGUACAUAGCUAACUGUUUCAGAGAGCAGAGGGCACACCAGGCCAAAGGGGCUGAGUGGAAGAAGGUUGCCAAGGUAAUGGACAGGUUCUUCAUGUGGGUGUUUUUCAUCAUGGUCUUCCUCAUGAGUAUCCUUGUCCUGGCCAAGGCAACCUAAAGCGUUUACACCUUAAAGAGGCAAUCAGUUGAUUAUAUAUUGGCUAACACUAUGUGUCAAAAGACCAGUUAGUUAAUAAUUGUUCAGUUUUUCAUAAAAUAAUUCCUAUAAUCCUGUACUGGCAAAUGGGCUCAUGUUCUACAUUUAACUUCUGGGUUACAAUUACUGCACAGAUGUUAGUUGUCUGAAUGUCUCGUUUUCUUCCAUUCAAGAAGAUUAUCUGGUUGUAACAGUUAAAGAAAUGGCAUUAAUAUUUCAGGUGUAGACGUGUUCCCACAUGUGUAUAUAGGGUAACACAAUCUUUGUCUGGCAUGGACACACAUUAAUAAUGCACAAUUAACCCUGCACAUGUGCAUGGACAGACAUCCACACUAGCGCAUAUUAAAAAUGCAUAAAUAGACCAGUCUUGAAUGUUGUUCACACACACAGUGCAAAAUUUGCAUCCUGGAACAAUCUUAUCUCAGAGAAUUCUGCAAUUUCUGUAUUUUCUUAUUUCUUUGAUUUGCUGUGCUUGUUCCUUGCUUUGUUCUCUGCCUAAAUUAUACUUUGCAAAUGGUGCU